AUGGGCAGUGGCUUCCCAUCCCUGUGGGCAACCGCUGCCUACACCUCGGUGUCGCCCAGCAAUGGAGUGACCCCAGCUGUCUCACGUGUGGCAGGCACGAGAACAGAUGUAAAUGAGCUGUUGCACAGAUGGGCACCCAGAUGUGUGCGCUGGCACUAAAGGGGCCCUAGGGCGGCUCUAGACUGCCCCCUCGUGACGGCUUGCGUACCACCUGCAGGCGACGUUGUGGACGUUUACCAGCGGGAGUUCCUGGCGCUGCGCGAUCGGUUGCACGCCGCUGAGCAGGAGAGCCUCAAGCGCUCCAAGGAGCUCAACUUGGUGCUGGACGAGAUCAAGAGGGCCGUGUCGGAAAGGCAGGCGCUGCGAGACGGAGACGGCAAUCGCACCUGGGGCCGCCUAACAGAGGACCCCCGAUUGAAGCCGUGGAACGGCUCACACCGGCACGUGCUGCACCUGCCCACCGUCUUCCACCACCUGCCACACCUGCUGGCCAAGGAGAGCAGUCUGCAGCCCGCGGUGCGCGUGGGCCAGGGCCGCACGGGAGUGUCGGUGGUGAUGGGCAUCCCGAGCGUGCGGCGCGAGGUGCACUCGUACCUGACUGACACUCUGCACUCGCUCAUCUCCGAGCUGAGCCCGCAGGAGAAGGAGGACUCGGUCAUCGUGGUGCUGAUCGCUGAGACCGACCCACAGUACACUUCGGCAGUGACAGAGAACAUCAAGGCCUUGUUCCCCACGGAGAUCCAUUCUGGGCUCCUGGAGGUCAUCUCACCCUCCCCCCACUUCUACCCUGACUUCUCCCGCCUCCGAGAGUCCUUUGGGGACCCCAAGGAGAGAGUCAGGUGGAGGACCAAACAGAACCUCGAUUACUGCUUCCUCAUGAUGUACGCGCAGUCCAAAGGCAUCUACUACGUGCAGCUGGAGGAUGACAUCGUGGCCAAGCCCAACUACCUGAGCACCAUGAAGAACUUCGCGCUGCAGCAGCCUUCAGAGGACUGGAUGAUCCUGGAGUUCUCCCAGCUGGGCUUCAUCGGCAAGAUGUUCAAGUCGCUGGACCUGAGCCUGAUUGUAGAGUUCAUCCUCAUGUUCUACCGGGACAAGCCCAUUGACUGGCUCUUGGACCAUAUUCUGUGGGUGAAGGUCUGCAACCCCGAGAAGGAUGCGAAGCACUGUGACCGGCAGAAGGCCAACCUGCGGAUCCGCUUCAAGCCGUCCCUCUUCCAGCAUGUGGGCACUCACUCCUCGCUGGCUGGCAAGAUCCAGAAGCUGAAGGACAAGGACUUUGGAAAGCAGGCGCUGCGGAAGGAGCAUGUGAACCCGCCAGCAGAGGUAAGCACGAGCCUGAAGACGUACCAGCACUUCACCCUGGAGAAAGCCUACCUGCGCGAGGACUUCUUCUGGGCCUUCACUCCUGCCGCGGGGGACUUCAUCCGCUUCCGCUUCUUCCAGCCCCUGAGACUGGAGCGGUUUUUCUUCCGCAGUGGGAACAUCGAGCACCCGGAGGACAAGCUCUUCAACACGUCUGUGGAGGUGCUGCCCUUCGACAACCCUCAGUCGGACAAGGAGGCCCUGCAGGAGGGCCGCACCGCCACCCUCCGGUACCCUCGGAGCCCUGACGGCUACCUCCAGAUUGGCUCCUUCUACAAGGGAGUGGCAGAGGGAGAGGUGGACCCAGCCUUCGGCCCUCUGGAAGCGCUGCGCCUCUCGAUCCAGACGGACUCCCCUGUGUGGGUGAUUCUGAGCGAGAUCUUCCUGAAAAAGGCCGACUAAGCUGCGGGCUUCUCCCUGUGGCCAGCCCUGAAGCCCACGUUUCUGGGGAUGUCGUCACUGCCGUCCCCGGAGGGCCAGAUACGGCCCCGCCCGAAGGGUUCUGCCUGGCGCCGGGCUUGGGCCAGCCUGGGGUCCGCCGCUGGCCCGGAGGCCCUAGGAGCUGGUGCUGCCCCCGCCCGCCGGGCCGCGGAGGAGGCAGGCGGCCCCCACACUGUGCCUGAGGCCCGGAACCGUUCGCACCCGGCCUGCCCCAGUCAGGCCGUUUUAGAAGAGCUUUUUCUUGGGCGCCCGCUGUCUCUGGCGCGAACACUGGAAUGCAUAUACUACUUUAUGUGCUGUGUUUUUUAUUCUUGGAUACAUUUGAUUUUUUCACGUAAGUCCACAUAUACUUCUAUAAGAGCGUGACUUGUAAUAAAGGGUUAAUGAAG